AUGCCUACGGUCUUGCAGCCCUCCGAACCUACCUAUUUAGCACCACGAACCGAGUUCCUACUGGACUGGUCACUCAAAGUUCUUGGGGUAGCAUCCGCAAUCCUCUUUGGCAUCUGGGCACCCAUCUCCUACAAAGCAACGGCGAACGGGAACGCGGAUAACAAUGCCUCGCAAGACAGCCUCGUCUCCAGAUUGGACGAAAUGAAUGAACAGGCGAGCAGCGCGUCAAGUCUUCAAUCAAGCGCUCUGUAUGAGGCGCGGAGCGCUGCAUUGGCCCUUUCCGCAGUCCGAGCGAAAAUGAAUGGACUAGCGACGUUAAAAGUGUGGGAGUUCUGUGACGGUAGAGCGGGCGACGUUCGUGCCUGUAGCGAGCUCUCUGCGGCAGUGACAAUCGACGAGGUCAUCACUUCGCUUGUGGGAAAUCUAUCUCCUACGAGCGGUAAUCCGGGAAGUUCAAACACACCUACAUUGAGCAGCAUACCUCCUCGCUCCACGACCGCUUCGUCUAGGGCGACAAAUACACCGUCGCCCGUCGGAAGUGCAACCAGUAGAGGAGUUAGUGUGCCUUUAGCGGCGAUUCUGGGUAUUGUGUUUGGGGGUCUUGCAUUAUUAGGGCUAAUUCUCGGUGUCCUUGUGUCUAGAAAGAGAAUGAAGAACGUGAGAGAGGGGAUUUGA